CGUCGUGUGUUGUUUUGCGAGUUUUCAGAAACAUUCUUGUUGCAAAUUUGCCAACCGUUCCAUUCUCCAGCCUCCGUUCGCUUCCAUUCCAACUCGAAUACUUCUACUGCUGCCCUGUCAAUCACUCUUUCCAACCCUUUUGCUCCCCAUUGCAUUCAUUGCAUUUCAUUUUUGCACUAAGCUGCAUAAGCUGCGCAGUCAUUCUUCUUCGCUCCGUUCCCCCGCGCGUUUUUGCUCGUUGCUCGUUGCUCGCUUUUCGGCUCCCCCUUCCCCUCCCCGCCUUUGCAACGCUGUCACCACAAACAACAAAGGCGUUUCGUCACCCAAGUCCGACAACAAGCACUCUGCUCUUUAUUCUGAGCGCGUCGUCGUCUUUCCCGGUUGUUUCGCUUUGUGUUUUUGGCCUCUCUCUGUGUUCCUGCCGCUGCGAGAGUCCACUACGACGCCCUCAACACCCGCUCAAGUCUCUCUCCACUGGUACACUGACCAAGAGCGGUUGGCACUGUCACGUCCCGCCCUGAACGCCGCGCUGCUGGCUGCUCACUUUGUUUGUUUGGACGUUUUGGGUCAUCAGUUCUCGUUCCCUCGCGUCAUUCUGACCUUGCCUGCAUAGGACGCUGCGCUAUUUGGUGUCCUAGCUCGCUCGCCGUAGCACUCGUAUUCUUUCGUUCAGGCGGGUCUGGUUCUUCUGUUCCAGUUGCAAAGCAGAGUCUGCAUUGACCAAGAAGACGAAGAAGAAGAAGAACAAGAAAGCGCGUCAGCCCAAGUGUCUCGGUCUGGCUUUUUGGUGUCUGUGUGUCCUUCCGUUCCGCUCGUCGUUCCCGUCCCCCACCAUCGCAACCCUGGCCACCCUCGGUAGCAACAGUCUUGGUGGCAACGGCAGUGCGGGUGCCGGUGCUGGUGGAGGUGGUCCCCCGCAUCAUCCAUUGACGCGAUCGCGUUCGCCUUCUCCCGAGUUACGCCGCACAAGGGCUCGACGAUCGACUUCGGCUGUGGGCUCAGCACCCAGCAACCAGAUCGAAGAAGAACACACUGGCAACAGCGAGGACCCCGACACCCAGCCAGCCAGCUCAACUUCACGCCGCACCCGUCGACGCUCCAAUAGCAGCGACGACGACAGCGCAGAUACGACCGGCGCAAGUACUGUAGCGCCGACUUCUCCAGCUUCCAAGAACACCCGCCGCAGCAAGCGCCGUAUUGCCGAACCCGAACCCGACUCGUCAAUGCCGCUCACACACCUCCCGAGCAGUAACGGCGAUGCUCCCACUUCCGCUGCCGCCGCGAGCAGUUCCGCCAAUGGCAACAUUGCACCUAGCUCCUCGCAUGCCGUUCAGUACCCAGUCGAUGGUGAAAUGACUGUCAUUGAUGAGCGAGAAGGCUUCAAGGAGGAGUAUGUUCGCCUCAUCAUUCAGUCGCUCCGACGCUAUGGCUACCUUUCCAGUGCCAGCGCACUUGAGAAGGAGAGUGGCUUCUCCAUGCAGGCCCCUCACGUCCAGCAGUUCCGCCAAGGCGUCCUUGACGGCGACUGGGCUGUCGUGGAGUCCCUCGUUGGAUCCAUGGGCGUUGCUUCACCUUCGGAGGUGCACACGGUCAAAUUUCUCAUUGCCGAGCAAAAGUUCCUCGAGUUGCUCGAGCGUCGGGAGCUUGUGCCCGCCCUACAGGUCUUGCGCAACGAGCUCACUCUGCACGGCCGCGCGUCUCCGCGCUUGCACAAGCUCAGCACGUUCAUGAUGUGUAGUACCUCUGAAGAGUUGCUGCGCAAAGCCGAGUGGACUGGCGCGGGGCAAGCAUCCCGCCAAGCACUCCUUGUGGCACUUCAAGACCACAUUUCACCCUCUGUCAUGAUUCCCGAGCGACGCCUCGAAACGCUGGUCGACCAAGCGCUCGAAUUUCAAGAGCUCACCUGCGCGUAUCACAACUUUGCCACUGAGAGUAGAAAGACUUUGUUGCAUGACCAUUCAUGCGACCGCAACCUUAUUCCUCGCAAAACGCAGCAAGUGCUCGCUGAUCAUCUCGACGAGGUGUGGUUUGUCAAGUUUUCCAACGAUGGAACGCGCCUUGCUUCCGCUUCCAAAGAUUGCCUGAUUAUCAUUUGGGAUGUGUCGAAACCUGUCAUUGAAAAACUCGUCACUCUGACUGGUCACAAGGACGCCGUUUCGUUUGUUUCUUGGAGCCCAGACGACAAGACGCUCGUGAGCUGCAGCAACGACUACACGGUGCGGAUGUGGGACGUGAAAACCGGCGUGUGCAAGCGUACCUUGACCAAGCAUACGCUCAGCAUCACCUGCUGCUCAUGGGCUCCAGACGGCAGCAAGUUUGUCACGGGCAGUCUCGACACGACUGCGAUUGUUUGGGAUGUUGAGGGCAACCAGCUCGACAAGUUCGACGCACGUUUCACCGACAUGGCCUUCCUUUCCGAUGGCAAGCGCCUGCUUGGCGUCCACUGCCACGGAACGGUUGUCAUGUAUCACAUUGGCGAACAGCGUCGCGAAGAAGUGAUUCACGAGACUGGCGCGAUCACGAGCAUUUGUCUUUCAAAAGAUGGCAAUUACCUGUUGCUCAACUUUGCUGCGUCUCGUGAGAGUACCACACUGGCUCGAAGCCCACAAGACGGAGCGCGAAUUCAUCUGUGGGACAUUGAAAAGCGCGUUUUGGUCAACAAGUACUAUGGCCACAGACAGAGCUCCUAUGUCAUUCGUUCGUGCUUUGGAGGGCUCAACGAGAGCUUUAUUGCCAGUGGCAGUGAAGACUCGCUGAUUUACAUCUGGCACCGUCACCACGGACAGCUGCUGGAGCGAUUGGCUGGGCAUUCUAACACCAUCAACUGUGUCACAUGGAAUUCGCAAAACCCCUUCAUGUUUGCCUCUGCUAGUGAUGACUUUACCGUCCGCGUUUGGAGCACGCCGGCACCAGCACCGACCGCAUAUCCACACUAUCCUGCCCACAUGCUCGAGACGGACGAUAUGGGCGUUCCAGUUUCCGAGGGUGGUCCCGGCACGAACGUGUAGCUUCUUCGGUCUUUGAUUUUUUUUUUUUUUUUCUUUUUUUGCUUUGAUUUCAUUGCAGUUUUUGCAAAUUGUACGCUCUAAAUCAUCACACCCCUUCCAUCUCUUGCUUUUGAUUAUUCUCUCAGUCGUUUGUAGACGUUUGACUUGUCAAAUCCAUAUCUCGAUCACUCCUU